CUUACGUUUCCAUAAUUUCUCAAGAUGAUUGGGAACAGAAAACGAUUGUCUAGUGGACUUAGUGUCACCUCCAAGGUGUUCGUGAGGUCUCGUAAUGGUGGAGCCCAAAAGAUUGUUAGGGAACACUACUUAAGAGACGAUAUACCAUGCUACUCCAAGGCAUGUAAAGUUUGUCACGACAUCAUCAAGACGGAUGCAGCAGGUGAGCUCCCUCGUUUCAUCUUGUCCGAGAACCCAAGCAAGACUAAAUCUGGUUUGCGCCAUUACAUAGUAGUAGACACCAAUAUCAUUCUUCAUGCCAUCGAUUUGUUGGAGAACGUCAGUUGUUUCUACGACGUAAUUGUGCCUCAGACAGUUUUGGAAGAAGUGAAAAAUAGAUCCUUCCCUAUCUACCAGCGACUUCGGGGUUUGGUGAAAUCAGAAGAUAAGCGUUUUAUCGUAUUUCACAACGAGUACGCUGAAGCUACUUACAUCACGAGAAACAAGAACGAGUCCAUAAACGAUAGAAACGACAGAGCCAUCCGGAAGGUGGCUUCGUGGUUCGGUACUCACAUGAAGACCAACCAUUCUGAAAACGAUAUAGGAAUCAUUUUUAUCUGUAAUGACGCUGAUAACCGUCAAAAGGCUCGUGCUGAGAAGAUAGAUGCCCGAUCCCUUGUAGAGUACUUCGAUGAUUUACCUAAUGGUGAAGACUUAAGGGACUUGAUUCCAAGUGAUAUCAACAGUGGAGUAGACUUCCAUAACGAGAAUGAGGCGUCAUUUCCGGAGUACUACUCGAACUCGAGAAUCAUGGCUGGUGUCAAGAAUGGUACUCUUUAUCAGGGUAUGUUGAAUAUCUCUUCGUACAACUUUCUUCAAGGUACAGUGCAAGUUCCAGCUUUCAGGAAGCCACUUUUGAUUGUCGGCUCCCAGAACCUCAACCGUGCCUUCAACUCGGAUUCAGUUAUAGUAGAGUUGUUACCCAAAGAUAAAUGGAGAGAACCUUCUACCACGAUAGUGGAAGAAAGUAACAUUGGUUCUAACGACAACGCCAACGAUGAAGAUGAAGAAGAUGUCGGUUCUGCAGGCUCCGGUGUAGUUUCCGAUAAAGAAAGAAUUUUGUUGGCCCAGGAAGCAUUGAAGGCUACUUCUUCUUCAGCAGGAGUGCAAAAGAGACUUCAGCCUACUGCUAGAGUUGUAGGUAUUAUGAGAAGAUCAUGGAGAUACUACGUAGGGCAAAUCGCACCAUCUUCUGUUUCUAGCGACGAUACUGGUAAUGCUUCCAAGAGCUGUUUUGUCAUCUUGAUGGACAAGGUAUUGCCUAAGAUCAGGAUCAGAACAAGAAAAGCCAAGGAGUUCUUAGGUCAGAGAAUCGUUGUUGUUGUGGACUCAUGGCCAGCAGAUUCUCGUUAUCCAAAUGGACAUUUUGUGAGAACUCUUGGUGAAAUAGAAAGUGCCGAGGCUGAAACUGAGGCAUUGUUGUUGGAACAUGAUGUAGAGUACAGACCCUUCUCCAAGAAUGUCUUGGACUGUUUGCCGGAAGAAGGUGACAAUUGGGUUGUUCCAGAUCUUGUCAACACAGACGAUCCCAAGCUCAAGAAGAGGGUUGACUUGAGAGACAAGUUGGUAUGUUCUAUCGAUCCACCCAACUGUGUGGAUAUCGAUGAUGCCUUACAUGCAAAACCACUCCCCAACGGCAACUACGAAGUUGGUGUUCAUAUAGCUGAUGUGACCCAUUUCGUUAAGCCUAACACAGCAUUAGAUCAAGAAGGUGCCUCUAGGGGUACAUCUGUCUACUUGGUGGAUAAAAGAAUCGACAUGUUGCCCAUGUUGUUGGGUACUAAUUUGUGUUCGUUGAAGCCAUAUGUGGACAGGUUUGCCUUUUCAGUUAUUUGGGAAUUGGAUGACAAUGCUAACAUUGUCAAGGUUGAGUACAUGAAGUCAGUGAUCAAGUCCAGAGAAGCCUUUUCUUACGAAAGAGCCCAAACCCGGAUCGACGAUAAGUCACAAACUGACGAGUUGACUGAAUCGAUGAGAAUCUUGUUGAAGCUUUCCAAAAAGCUCAAACAGCAGAGAUUGGAUGCCGGUGCCUUAAACUUAGCAUCGCCGGAAGUCAAGGUCCACAUGGAUAGUGAGACGUCAGAUCCCAAUGAGGUUGAAAUCAAGAAGUUAUUGGAGACCAACUCUCUUGUUGAAGAGUUCAUGUUGUUGGCCAACAUUUCCGUAGCCAGAAAGAUUUACGAUUCAUAUCCACAAACUGCGAUGUUAAGAAGACACGCACCUCCUCCAGCAACAAAUUUCGAGCAGUUGAACGAUAUGUUGAGUGUGAGAAAGCCAGGCUUGUCUAUUUCUUUGGAGAGUUCCAGAGCUUUGGCGGACUCGUUGGAUAGAUGUGAAGAUCCACAAGAUCCAUAUUUCAACACCCUUUUGCGUAUCAUGUCAACUAGAUGUAUGAUGGCAGCUGAGUACUUCUCAUCUGGGUCGUACGGAUAUCCUGAAUUCAGACACUAUGGUUUGGCUGUAGAUAUCUACACACAUUUUACGUCACCUAUCAGAAGAUACUGUGAUGUUGUAGCACACAGACAGUUGGCUGGUGCAAUUGGUUAUGAAAACUUGGACUUGAGUCACAGAGACAAAAACAAAAUGGAGACAAUUGUCAAGAAUAUCAAUAGAAGACACAGAAGUGCACAAUUUGCUGGCCGUGCCAGUAUUGAGUACUAUGUUGGACAAGUUAUGAAAAAUAAUGAAGCCGAACAUGAAGGGUAUGUGAUCAAGUGUUUCAACAACGGAAUUGUUGUUCUUGUGCCCAAGUUUGGCAUUGAAGGUUUGAUAAAGCUUGAGAUGUUAGGUGAUGUGAACACUGCUAUCUAUGAUGAAGACAAGUACGAGUUGAAGUUCACUGAUCUCCAAGGUAAGGAAAGAAGAGUUGCAGUUUUUGACAAAGUUAAUGUAGAUGUGAAGUCAGUUAAAGAUGAAGUCAGUGGUAACAGAAAGGCGCAAUUACUUUUGCGUUGAAGUUGUACUAUAGAGUAUCUAGGAUAUGCAUAGUAUCUUGGGUAUACAUAAAAAUAUAUACACAUUAGAAAGAUUAUCUAUU